AUGGGACAUGGUGGCUGGAAUGUGUAUGGAAAUGUGUAUAAGAAACUCUUUCGGUCCCUGAUUUUCCGUGUAGUGCCACAGAGUCAUUCUGCCAUAGCCCUCUCCCAUGGCACUUUCCAUAUCACCUCCACUCGGUGCCUCAGUAGUGCCAAGGAAAUCCCGGGGCCAAAAGCACUUCCCAUAGCAGGUGUUUUGCUCUCCGUAUUAUCGGAUAAAGAUUUUGACAAGAAUAAUAUCCAUCUGUAUUUCAAGAAGCUUUUCAAGAUCUAUGGUCCAGUUGUCAAGCUGAAGUUUCCGGGAAAACCAACAAUGGUCAUUCUCAAUGACCCGGAAGACAUGAAGUGGAUCUAUCACUGCACAAAGGACAGUCCUGUGAGAGAGGGACUCCAGGCACUCAAAAAGGCCCGCUAUUUGGACGAGUAUUUUGAGAAAAAAGGGGGUAUAGUUGUUGAAGACGGAGAGGAGUGGUGGCGCGUGAGAGGAGGGUCCAGGUACCUGUCAUGAAGUUAAGCAAUAUCAGGCAGUAUGUGGCAGACAUGGAUGGGGUUGCAGUUGACACUCUUGACAG